UUUCGAUUCGUGUUCGUUUUGUUGGACAAAAGUUCUAUAAGAAAGUUUGUGCUUCAUAGAACGAGGUUUUUAAAUGAAAUUUUGCCAAAAUAUCGCUUCUUUUCUCCCGUGGAAAUUCGCGGGCUAUCUUUCAUAACCGAGGGUACCUUUAGUACCACUUAGUCUGUUGUUUUAAGCAUUUUAAAGCCAGAGAAAUCCGUGGGGAAUACCACAUAAGAUUCGUCGAGGGACUUUCCCUGGGAAGUUUGCAACAAUUUUACUGAAGUUUGCUCAAUUUCCCCAACUGAAUGUCAUAAGAUAAUCUCAACUUUGAAGGCUAAAGAUCUGAAAGAUGUCUGGAGCAAGACGACACACUGGCGAAGGCAAAAAAAAGCCGAAAGGUCCACGACCAGGAAAGUUUGACUUUUCACAGAACCAUCCUGCAAAGUCUGUAUCACCAAUAACACCUCAUAAUUUGUCUGAUAAAACAACCUUGACUAUCAAUGGAAAGGAGUUUGACUGCAAAGCAGAAGAUUUAGAGGACCUUGGAGAGUUGGGUCAUGGUGCAUAUGGUGUUGUACAAAAGAUGAAAUUGGAAUCUACUGAAACAAUGAUGGCAGUUAAGCGGAUACCAUAUUCGUUUAAUGAUAAGGAACAAAAGAGGGCAUUGAUGGAUCUUGAUGUGUCAAUGCGAGUCAGUGAGUGUGCCUUCACUGUGCAGUUCUAUGGCGCGCUGUUCAGAGAGGGUGAUGUAUGGAUAUGUAUGGAAUUGAUGCAUACAUCGUUAGACAAGCUGUACAAAUGUGUUUACAGUGUUCCAGACAGGAGAAUACCGGAGAAUGUGUUGGGAAAGCUAACCAGAGCUGUUGUGGAAGCACUGGAUCACCUACACACAUUACAAAUUAUCCAUCGAGACGUGAAACCCUCAAAUAUACUCAUCAAUGACGCCGGGGAGUUUAAGUUAUGCGACUUCGGUAUUAGUGGUCAGCUGGUGAACUCGUUGGCAAAGACAAUGGACGCAGGAUGUAAACCCUAUAUGGCUCCCGAAAGAAUCAAUCCAUCAAAAGAUGCGCCUGGUUAUGAUAUCAGGUCAGACGUCUGGAGCUUAGGAAUAACUGUGAUCGAGUUAGGCACCGGUAAGUUCCCGUACGGACAGUGGCGAACUCCAUUUGAACAACUAAAGCAAGUCGUCCAUGAGCCUGCACCAAAAUUGGAGAAAGGUGGCUUGUUCUCCGACGAGUGCUGUGAUUUAGUAAACAGUUGCUUAGAAAAGGAGUAUAAACAGCGACCAAAUUAUACACAAUUAAAGGCACAUGCGUUUAUCAAGAAAUACCAGACUGAAGUCGUUGACGUGGCAGAGUGGGCCCGACCUAUCCUUGCGGAAUUAGACAACCAACGGAAGACAUAUGAUGAGAUUUGCCCAACAGCACUACGUCGUUUAAGGUCUAGCCGUGGUGCCUUCGCUCAUGCGACAAGUCAACAUCGGCUUGGACAAAAUGUUGUCAUUCCAAGAUCAAAUAAAGGAACAAGAAGCUGUUCAGACCAAGAUAAAACACAACAAGAACAACAACGAAGACAACGAGAAAAACAAGAACAGGAAUUACAGAGACAACAAGAACAACAGCGACGCCAAAGAGAACAACAACAACAUCAAGAAGAAUUACAGAGACAACAAGAACAACAACGGCAAAUAGAAAAACUACGAAAACAACAAAAACAACAGAGAAAACAAGAACAACAACGACGAAAACAAGAACAACAACAACAGGAGCUACAGAGACAACAAGAACAACAACGCCAACAAGAACAACAACAACAGGAACUACAGAGACAACAAGAACAACAACGAAGGCAACGAGAACAACAACAACAACAACAGGAAUUACAGAGACAACAAGAACAACAAAGACGAGAACAAAAAAAACGGGAAAAACAGAGACAACAAGAACAACAACAAAGACAACGAGAACAACAGGAAUUACAGAGACAACAAGAACAACAAAGACGAGAACAACAACAACGGGAAUUACAGAGACAACAAGAACAACAACGACGGCAACGAGAACAACAACAACAACAACAACAGGAAUUACAGAGACAACAAGAACAACAAAGACGAGAACAGCAACAACGGGAAUUACAGAGACAACAAGAACAACAAAGACGAGAACAGCAACAACGGGAAUUACAGAGACAACAAGAACAACAAAGACGAGAACAACAACAACAGGAAUUACAGAGACAACAAGAACAACAAAGACGAGAACAACAACAACAGGAAUUACAGAGACAACAAGAACAACAACGACGAAAACAAGAGCAACUACAACAGGAAUUACGGAGACAAAGAGAAGAACUACUAGAACAAGAACAACAACGACAAGCAAAUCAAGUCAACCCAGCGGAAACACCUGUGACGUACUGCUUAAGAAAUUUCACUUGUCAACUAAAAACUAAACCGCUCGAUAAGGCUUUUAUACCUGAAGAUGAUUUAGUAGCGUACCAAAAUCAAUGGAUGUUAUGCAGUGCUACAAUCACGGACCAGUUUGGCAACAAGUUAUCCAAAUCUAUGCCAAAUAUUAGCCUUAGUGGUACUCCCCAUGUUGAAUUUUGUGACAGCAAGGUAAAUGGUAGUCGUCUUCAGUUCAGUAUGAGAUUCAGUGGAAGGGAGAAUAUUUCCAUAACCAUAUCAAUCAAUGAAUGUACAAUAAUCAAAGAGCUGCGCAUAGCCUAUGGUCCUUGCUCCAGUGCUUUGCCUGAGAUGGUGCUGAAAGAAAUCGAUAUACGUAACGCUGUUAAAUACGAAUGCUUAUACCGCCUUGCUGUUGUCAAUGUAUUUGGUGAACGAAUGCUUUCAGAUUUGCCUGUCAUCUGCGAGCUGGAGGCCUCCACACCAGAUAAAAGCGAACUUGUUAACAAGCGAAUGUGUUCCGAAGAUGGUAAGAAAUAUUUCGACAUCACUGUGCAGGGUGAAACACCUUGGUCGACAGACCUUGUCGUCCGUCUCAAUGGAAAGCCAAUCCCACCUGUUACGAAGUUUGAGGUCUCCAAGAUAGAGCGAAAUAAAAUAGAGGAUUAUCUUGAGAAAAAGAAAAGUAAAUUGUUAGAAAAAAUUGAAGGUUUCGUUAAACACCUGGCCUCGGGUGUACUAACUUUACCAACAGAAGGCGACGAAGGAAAGUUUGUCCCUUACAAUGAAAACAACUGUAAAAUAAUGGCACAAAAUGGCUGCCAAAUCGUCUGUCAAAGUACGCGGAAAUAUGAUCUAAUGGGACCCGACUAUGCCCAUAUUAACAAUAUCAGACGAGUCCUUCAACUUAAAGAUCGCGUUAAAAUCGAAGAAAUACAUGGUGACGUCAUCAUUGACCUAAAGAUUGUUCCGACUCAACUUCACCUAACUUGCAAAGAAGUUGUGCAGCAUCUUCUUCGUGGCUUAUAUUACCGAAAGAAAGCAUCACAAGUAGCCGGAGUUCGUAUGCAAUGGAAGAAUAGGUUUAUAUUCCUAAAGAAUGCAUUAGGAUGGGGUGGGGGUAGUAGCUUAAGCCUUUGCAAAUUUUUCAAAGAUUUCUUCGGCACCUUAAUGAAUAGAUACAAUCGCGAGGCCUGCGAUGAACUGUUUAUGUUUUUCAAUUUUCAACGAGAUAUUAACGAAGUUGAUCUUCACGGUUUACUUGUUGCUGACGAAGAAAGACUAGAACUUUUGCAUUUGGAAAUGUUAAGUUGGCGAUUGAGUCAUGAGACAUUGAACAGCUUGUUUGAUAAAUGCAAAAUGAAUAGCUUCAAAGGUCAAGAAAAGGAAACUUUAAAGAAACAACUGUUGAAAGGCGAAGUGUGUAAUGAUGAAAUUAAUAAUUUUAUCCAAAGUAGCCGCGACUGUAUUCAAGAUAAAUCUCUGUUAGAAAAUUUUGAAAAAGAUUUGUUACAGAGAAAAGAUCGAAGCAAAGACGUUGCUGGGAUUGUUGAGCAGUGGAGAUCAGAAAGCGAUGAAGCUAUUCGGAAAUUGAAAGAAAAAUUGAAGGAUUUCGAUCUUCAAGGAUCGAAAAAGAUCCAGGCACCCUGGCUUGAAAUUAUCGUUGGAGCAGGUCAUCACAGCAGAGUGAAAAAUAAACAAAAGAUCCGCCCAAAGGUGGAGGAAUUUCUAAAGAAGAAAAAUCUUGAGUUUUCUGCGGUCAACAAAGGAUCGCUCGUUGUCACCUUUCAGCCUUAUAGCGGUCCCCAGCCUUGCUUUGCAGAGUAUUAUUGUGAUAAUUGCGAUCGAUGCUGGAAAAGCAGCAAGAGUUUUGUCGGGAAGUACCAGAAAUGCGCUCAAUGUGGCAUCGAUUGUUGGCCUGUUAAACAACGGGAAAAAGAGAGAUUGGAGGAUUUUCGUCGGGAAGCUGGUGGGUCUGAGAAACGUCGGUCCGGACCCCACCAGGAAAGCCUUUGUCAGAAGUGCCAGGAGUUAGGUCAUCUUUGUACAGAAGAGUGUGAUGAUAAUGAUGAUGAUGAUGAUGAUUAUGAUGAUGAUUACGAGGAUGUCGAGUAUCGUAUAUCCUCAGUCGAUGAGCGCUGA